AUGUGUAAGUCGCGUACGCCGUCUGAAGCCUCGCCACAUCAGGCUGACGAUUCCUCUCUGCAGAGAGAAGUGGACCCGUCAUGGUCGGAAGAAGAGCUUCCAAAGCAGCAGACGACUGUGCCAAUGGAAAAAUCCGGCGUUUAUGUGGACCCGAUGGCUACUCAUGCUUCCGGACGUUUCCAGAAGGGCAAUACGGUGCAUAUGUCGAUAAUCGAGCACGGUGCACGCAGGAAAGGCACCUUCAAGAUCAAACGAGGCCGUCUCACUGCAUCAGGCUACUGGGAAUAUCAGCUGUCGAUAAUCGACGGCAACGGCAGGCUGUACCAGGACGGCGCCUGGGUCCGAGAAAGAGAGUUGAAGGCAGAAAGCACGCAACGGCGCUGA